AUGCAAACACAGACGCCUAAAAUGCUCGCCUCCAACACACCCCAGAUCCCCUUCCCUAGCCCAUACCGCAUCCCUUCUAUAUCCGAACACAGCGGCACCUUCAGCGUCCCCUUCAACGCAGGCAGUAUCAGACUACCGCCAUCGCUCAGCAGUGUCUUGGUCGGGGAUCUAGGCAGAGCUCUGGACAAAUGCAACCGCGCCGCACUUGCAGCACACAACAGGCUGCAGACGAUACACAAGGAGCGCGAGCAGCGCUACCGGAGACUAUGCCCGAACGAUCCAGCAAAUGAAGAUAUCUACAACAGACACGCCAGCUCACUCGAUAGACUUUUCGCCUGGUGCAGCGACUACGGUGAUAGGCCAUAUAACCCGACUCUCGCGCCAGCAGCGAAGAUACCCUGCUUCGGGAUGACGCUGACUUUUGACCGGGAAGCUUACGCCAUAUGGGCACGGAGCUAUAGAAGAUUGCUUAAAGACUUCGAAACUACGGAAUAUAAAGAGUAUAACCUUGCAAGGAUGGAAUUCGAGACGAUGAUAUAUGUUACUAGGGCGAAGGGGACGAUUUCGGUCGAAGCAUUUGGCGAGCUGGAUCGGUUUUGGAAGGGCUGUUUCGUGCGUGAGAUGAAGAAGUGGGAGGCGGCGGCUUCUAAGCAAUUGGCGCUUCCGACUUAUGAGACUGUUAUACAAGAGGUUCUUGCUGCAGUGCUUAAUAGCGUUGAGGAUGGCGAGACUCUGGUGCGGGAGUUGCGGGGGCAGGCACUUGGUUGGAGCCCGCCGCCCAACUACUGUGGGCAUUUCCCGAGGCUAUAA